AUGAACAAACUGGCAAACAUGCGUCACUGGUCCGAGAGGAUGAGCCCCAACUUUGGAAUGGGUCGUCCCAACAUGCCCAUGAACCCCAUGAACCCGAGAAGAGAUACAGUUCCUCAACAGGCUGCUUCAAUAAGCUCGCCUCAGCCUCUCGAUGCUCCGACGCCAAUCAUUCACUAUUCCUUCAAUGUGCCAUUCGCCUCCGACCUCGCCGGUCCCAACACUGAGGAUAUCCUUCACGCUACUGACGAUGCCGUUUUGCGCUGGACCCACCCCGAGGACGUCGCCGACGACGUCCAGGUUCACGAGCUGCCUGUCCACACCCAGAAUCUUGCCAACCUGCGCAAGGUCUGCAAGGACAUCACCAACGGCCCUUUCCAGAUCGAGGCUCAUGUCAUCUCAACGACCCCCAAGAAUGCAAAGGGGCAGCAGGUCACUACUGUGUGCCUGUCGGGAACUCCGGAAAUGGUCAACAAGAGCAGGGAGACGAUUUUGAACGACAACCAGACUGUCUUGCGUUGUACGACUGUUGAUGUUGAGGGCCACCUUGUCUGUGACCUGACCGCUGGUGCCUUGAAGCAGCAAGUGACGGACACCUUGGAUUACAUCUCCAAGUACUGCGGGGUCGACAUUUUCUUGCUAGGACCCAAAUUGACACCCGUGGUUGAUGGCAUGACGGGUGAUGCCGAGAUGCGUGUAGACCAAAGAUGGCGAGUAGCCAUCUACGGUGAUAUUCUCUCCGUCGAGCAUGCAAAGGCCCGUGUGCUUAUCCAAAUUGACACUCUGCUCGGCCGAGUUGUCGAUGCCACCAAGCUUGACCUGUCGAUUCACCAGCUUGUGUGCGGCCGCCACCGAAAGAACAUCAAGCUCAUUGAGUCGUCGACUGGCACUGCCAUCUACUUCCCGCCUCCUUUCUCCCAGAUGUACCGAUACUGCCCGCCUGGAGCAAGCCGCCGUGACCCUACAGACAUCUUCAUCACGGGCGAGAGCCCUCAGGCCAUUGAGCUUGCCAAGCAGAAGCUUCACGAGACCGUUUCCCGCAUCCGUUUGUACAUGAAGGAUGUCACCAUUUCGCCGGCCAAAAUUGACAGUGUCUUGCUUACCCGUCUCGAUAAAGUUCGCAAGAUCCUUGAAGCCAAUGGCACCUACAUCUUGUUCCCUCCUCUGGCAAGCCAGCGCAACAUGGUUCGUGUCCAGGGAAGCGAAGGAUUGCAUGUUGAGCGCACCGUCCGCGAGGUCAUGGCCCUGGCCGGACAGUUCUACAGCGCAGCAUGGUGGAUCCAACAGCCCGACAGCCGCCAGCUUCCGAACCCCGCCGACGUCAGAACUAUGCUUGGUGAUGUUUGUGCCAACUCGGAUGCCGAUUUAUCCUUCGACAAGAUGAACUUCUCAAUCACCGGUUCUGAUGAUGCCGUAAAGGCCGCCUUGAUGGUCAUGUCUGAGAUCAAGUUCCUUGUCCAGUCCCAGUACCAGAUUCGCGUCAAGAUUGAACUCGCCAACGAGCACAAGGAAUUCGUGAGUGGCAAGAAAAAUGGCAAGAUUAAUAAAAUCAUGGGUCAGAGCAGUGUACAGAUUAUUUUCGAUGGCUUCAACGAGUAUAACUUCAACAUUGAUGUCAUGGCUGCCAGCUACGACUCAAUGAAGCAGGGGCUCACGCUUGUCGAACAGGAGAUGCCUGCUUCCAUCUCCUUCCACGUUCCCGAUCAGUACCACAAGCGAAUUAUCGGCAUUGGAGGACAGCAUAUCCAGCGCAUCAUGAAGAAGCACUCUGUGUUUGUCAAGUUCUCCAACGCCAUGGACCGCGGAGGAAUGGGCCGUGAGGAUGACGACGUGAAGGUCGACAACGUUAUUUGCCGCACUCCAGCCAGGAACGCCCAGAAUCUCGAUGCUGUUAAGAACGAGAUUCUGGAAAUGGUCGACAGAGCCGACUCCGAGUAUACCUCGCAGAUCGUCAAUGUUGACCGCCUGUAUCAUCGUCAGCUCUUGGCUCGUCUCGGUGAGAUUGACGAGCUCGAGGGCAAAUACAACUGCAAGAUUGUGUUCCCUAGCACUGAGCAGGCUAGCGAUGAGGUCACGGUGACUGGCCCACAGUGGCAGGUGCCUCAUUGCGUCGAUGAAUUUUUGGGCAUGGUUCCUGACAACCAUGAGUUGGUUCUCACCCGCACCCCUGAGUUCAUCAAGUUCCUUGAGUCGCCCAGCUUCGCCCACGAUCUUGUUCCGAAACUGAAGACGCAGUACGAAGUCGAGGUCACUGUCCAUCAGGAUGCUGAUUCUGAGGAUGGCUUGCCGGCUCUCGCCUUGCGCUGGACGUUUACUCGCAACAAUGCCGGCGGCCUGCGUGACGCCAUCGACUUCCUUCUUGCUCAAUUUGCUACUGCUGGCGUUGAGGUGACCAUUUUGAAGGGUUCAAUCCCCCGGCCCAAGUCCGAUUCAUUCGAAGACUCGCUUCAGUACUUUGACUCGAAGCUUCUCCAACAUGCUCCGGCCACCAUCGCCGCCGAUUCCCCAACCAAGGCGGCCUUCGAGGGGGAGGUUGCUCGCGAGCGGGGCACGAUCUUUGAUCGUCUUCGCAAGCCUGGCAGCAUGACCUCCAUCUCGUCCUUCUUGGACCGCCGCAAGAACAGCUCCCACUCGACCCACGCCAACUUUUUCAAGGGAUCUAGCAAUGUGUCCAAGUCUUCUCUUAUUUCGAUCGAAUCUACCCGCAGCUUCAAUGCGGACAGAAACCCCUGGAACGAUAGCGGCGUUAAUCUUCCAGACGACGACAACCCAUGGGCCCACCGCCCCAUUGGGAAUGGUUCUGACAAGCUGACCAUUCCCCAACCUGGUGACGUUACGCCACGUCACAGCACUCGAGCGUCCGGCGACAGCGGGCGCCCUUCUACGUCUCAUUCUACGAAUUCUGGAUACCCCGGUCCCAUCGGACCUUUCCGUUAG